CGUCGGGCCUCCGUGCGUUCUUGGCUCUGAACUCCUCGGGAUACCCACGACGACGCCAUGGGCUGGCAGAAGACGUUCACACUAGCGCGCCGGAGCAAGGGCUGCCACCUCGUAACCGACGAGGUGCUCACCCAGAUCGACGCGGGCUUGCGGGGCGUCCAGGUCGGCGUGCUGUACCUGUUCAUCCAGCACACCUCUGCAGCGCUCACAAUCAAUGAGAACUUCGAUCGAGAUGUCCGGCGAGACAUGGACAUGGCGCUGGACAAGAUUGUUCCAGAGGACCUGAACUGGCUGCACACCGACGAAGGUCCUGACGACUCCGCAUCGCACACCAAAACGUCGCUCGUAGGGACAUCGCUUUGCAUCCCGAUCACGGAUGGCCGCCUCAAUUUAGGGACGUGGCAAGGCAUCUAUCUCACAGAGUUCAGACACGCGCCUCACUCGAGACGCAUAGUCGCUACGGUCCUGUCGUAAGAAGGCGGCGAUACUCGGCUUGGGCUCAGACACCGCCGUUCGCGCCACGGCGGAUAUGAAUGAGAAGCAAACGAACAACUUGUAACACCGCCGCACGUGUACGCUAUGCAAAGUUCUUUCUUUCACGGUACCGCGCAAAUACA